CCUUCCAGCCCCGCCAGUCUGGGAUUCUGUGAUCUCUUGUUUUAAAUUGCUAGAAGGAAAACUGGCAAAGCUUGGUCAUAUGGGAAAUCAGUAGGAAGGUUCAUUAGGUAGAAAUACAGAUGAUUUUUUAUGCAAGUUCAAUAAUCUAUGUCAAAUAUGAAUCUUAAAAUAAAAAAGGGCAUAAUUAAAUAAUAGCAAUUUAGAGACACAGGUGAAAAUGAGAUAACUUUCAUUUUGAACUUAUUACAACAAAGCCUAUGCAUUUAAUUAAAAAAAAAGUUUUCCUUUAAAUUAGAAGGUUAGAAAGAAUUCCUAAUUACAGAUUGUCAGAUAGGAGAACUUCAAUAGGGCUCAUCUGUAUUGUACCCAAUAAGGUAUUGGACCCCAUCUCGUGAAGAUGUGAAAGAGCAAAUAGGAGUUUUUAGAGCAAUUAGUUGAUUCAGUUAUAGAAAACUUAAUGGUUUUUUUCUUCUCUUUAAAAUAUGAGAAAACGUUCAUUUUGACUGAAAUUGAUGUCCAAUAAAUUCUUGCGCAGAAGGGCGUACACAUUUGACAUACAGAAACCACUGGUUUAUAUUGUGAGUUUUCCUUUAUAAACCCUUUCUGAAGAGCUAUACAUCACUCUUCUUCGGAUGUAGUCUUACUGAGUCCAGCAGCCAUUUGGGGUAGACCCACCGUGCCAUGGGGAAGAGCCUUUGGCGGACGCUUUAGCAGAACAGCCGCCACCAGCGACAGCAUUUUGUGGGGCCCCAGAUUCAAACCCCAGCUCUGCAAGCUACUCACCCAGCGGAUCUGGUGUCUGAAGUCCUGCUGAAACCUCACGGAUCCGGGAGUUUGCCUGGUCUGAGUGGUUGGAUUUUCACUUUCUUCAGCACCUCGCAGUUGAUAAAUCAAAGCAGAUUUGGUGGCGUUGGUGCCUCACUGUCUUCAUCCACCUGGGUGCAGCUGGAGAAGUGGUGGAGUUCAGUGUCCGGGCACUUUCCUGGGCCACGGGGUAUCGUCUGUCCCCCGAGCCACCGCCACAGCGAUCCCGUAGCUGUUGAGUUCAGCCGGUUCAUGCAGGACUUCAUUUUUAAGAGAGGGUUGUGUCCUUUGUUGUGACCUCAUGGUUUAACUGGGAAUAAAGAUGAGUAUAAGCAGUGAUGAGGUUAACUUCCUGGUAUAUAGAUACUUGCAAGAGUCAGGGUUUUCCCAUUCAGCAUUUACCUUUGGUAUAGAGAGCCAUAUCAGCCAGUCUAAUAUAAACGGUGCUCUGGUGCCACCAGCUGCUCUGAUUUCCAUCAUCCAGAAAGGUCUGCAGUAUGUAGAGGCCGAAGUCAGUAUUAACGAGGAUGGUACCUUGUUUGAUGGUAGGCCGAUAGAGUCUCUCUCACUGAUAGAUGCAGUAAUGCCUGAUGUGGUACAGACAAGACAACAGGCCUACAGAGAUAAACUUGCACAACAGCAGGCGGCAGCUGCUGCAGCUGCGGCCGCGACUAACCAACAGGGAUCAGCGAAAAAUGGAGAAAAUACUGCAAAUGGAGAAGAGAACGGAGCACAUACUAUAGCAAUUGUUUCCCAUAAUGCAGAUAAUCACACCGAUAUGAUGGAAGUGGAUGGGGACGUUGAAAUCCCUCCCAACAAGGCAGUGGUGCUGCGCGGCCAUGAAUCCGAAGUGUUCAUCUGUGCCUGGAAUCCCAUUAGCGACCUUUUGGCCUCAGGAUCUGGAGAUUCGACAGCACGGAUAUGGAACCUCAGUGAGAACAGCACGAGCGGCUCUACGCAGCUGGUACUUCGACACUGUAUACGAGAAGGAGGGCAGGAUGUACCCAGCAACAAAGACGUGACAUCGCUGGAUUGGAACAGCGAAGGUACACUUCUAGCAACUGGGUCUUACGACGGCUUUGCGAGGAUAUGGACUAAAGACGGUAAUCUUGCCAGCACCUUAGGGCAACAUAAAGGUCCUAUAUUUGCGUUAAAAUGGAACAAGAAAGGAAACUUCAUUUUAAGUGCAGGAGUGGACAAGACCACAAUUAUUUGGGAUGCCCACACUGGCGAAGCCAAGCAGCAGUUUCCUUUUCAUUCUGCACCAGCAUUAGAUGUUGAUUGGCAGAGUAACAACACAUUUGCCUCUUGCAGUACAGACAUGUGUAUUCACGUCUGUAAACUAGGACAAGAUCGGCCCGUCAAAACCUUCCAGGGUCACACAAAUGAAGUAAACGCAAUCAAAUGGGAUCCAACUGGUAAUCUUCUGGCAUCCUGCUCUGACGACAUGACUCUGAAGAUCUGGAGUAUGAAACAAGACAGUUGUGUCCACGAUUUACAAGCACACAACAAAGAAAUUUAUACUAUCAAAUGGAGUCCUACAGGACCCGGAACAAAUAAUCCAAAUGCCAAUCUUAUGUUAGCAAGUGCAUCCUUUGACUCUACCGUUAGGUUAUGGGAUGUAGACAGAGGAAUUUGUAUUCAUACUCUGACAAAACAUCAAGAACCUGUGUACAGUGUAGCUUUCAGUCCUGAUGGCAGGUACCUGGCCAGCGGCUCCUUUGAUAAGUGUGUACACAUCUGGAAUACACAGACAGGUGCCCUAGUUCACAGUUAUCGGGGAACAGGAGGGAUUUUCGAGGUUUGCUGGAAUGCAGCAGGAGACAAAGUUGGAGCAAGUGCUUCAGAUGGUUCAGUUUGUGUAUUAGACCUGCGGAAAUAGCGCUACUAGUUGGAAGCCAUGGACCGACUAUGAAUGUGUACAUAGCCAAAAUGACUGUCCCUGACCCAUGUACUGCUAUAGUCCCAAUUGAACCAUGGCCAGUCCACUACAGCCAAACGUAAAAGAAAUAUAUACAUAUACUGUAUAUAAAAAAAGAGGAGAAAAAAAGAAAAAGAAAAAAAAAAAGUCACACCCUGAAGAGGAUGACAGAGUUUUGUCACAGCUUGUGAAUCCUGUUCACCAAGUGCUGGAAUCUGCUGUGCCCCAAAAUAACAUUGAAAGGUUUUGGAUAUGAAAAUCGGAAGAGAGCGCGAGAGCGAGAGAGAGAAAUAUACCGUAUACAAGAGCAGACCCAUAUACAUACCAAAUUCAGAAGAUACUAAUGGCAGCCUUCCUUCCCCCUUCCCCCCGCAAAUCCAUUACGACGGUGGAUCGUGGGGGGGUUGUUUCCCUUCUCAGUAGUCGAGCAGUUUGUGUGUACAGAGAAAACGGACUUACAGAAAUCUGCAGCAGUAGUUUUUUCUUUGCUUUUAAACAUUGGGUUUUCUGUUUUGUUUUGGUUAAGUUUACGGAUGCAUGAAGUAAGGGAGUGAAUUAGUUUCUUGUUUAUAUAUAUAUAUUUUUAUUUUUUUUUCACCUUGGAAAAAAAUGUUUCUUUGAAACAUAUUUUAAUCCAUUCUUUGAGGAGGUAGAUUGAACCUGAUGACGUUUGGUACAUUUUGUGGCUCCCAGAGCACGAUUUUGUGAACAGAGGGAGAGUGGAAAAGGGAUUAUGGAGAGAGAAGAAAAAACAAAAAAAGCAAAACAAAAAAAAACCCCUACAACAAAAUCCUUCUUUGAGGCGUGAUAUUUCACGUCCUGCUCAUCUACGAAGUAUGACAGUAAUGGGUAUAAUGCUAUGUUUUAUUUUCUGGUGACAUGGCUAAAAUGCAGUCGUUUCUUAUUUGGGACAUCAUUCUGCCAAGCUUAAGAAUAGAAGGGCACAAAAAUACAGAAAAGAAAAAUACAGGGAUGCACACAAAAAGGAAAAAAAAAAAAAAAAGGAAAAAAAAAAAGCAUCUUCUGUUGCUUUAAGACCAUAACUAAAAUAUGGUUAAAUUGUGCACUAUUGUGAAAGGAGCAAAGUAUCGCUGGGGGAUCGUUUUUAAGAGGUUAAGGUCUUUCUGGACAAGGGUUCGCGCCACAGCUUCUCUGAGAGUUGCCCAUCGUUACUUGUAGGAGCUUAGAUGUAUAAUUGUAACCAAACUCCAGUAUUAAAAGUCUCUCAUGUAAUUUUUCUUUAUUAAAAUAAAAUCUUUGGCAUAUAUUUGAUAACACUGCCAUUAAGAGGCAAAAUGUUUACUACCUUAGAUUUAAAACAAAACAAAACAAAAAAACCUUAAACAGAGGACUUGCUUCAAGUUUAUUUUAAUAGCAGUGAUUCAGCUUAUUUAAAAGAUGAAUACUUGCACUAAUUCCCCUGCUGCUCCAGUCCUGCAGUUUAUUGUAUCUUGUGACUACAUUUUUUUCCAAAUAUAGGGUAGAUGUAAGCUGCUAUUUUUUUAAUAAUCACUACUAUAUAGUGUCUUUUACUCUGUUUACAAUAUCAAGUAUUUUUCUUACGAUGACAGAUGUAUAUGGCAAACCUUUUUCUGCUCAUGUGAUUAAAAGUAUACUGAUAGUGAUUUUAUUUGUAAAUGAUAGCAUGAGGUUAUGUUUACGCGUACGUGUAGUCGAAAAGGUUGCAUCAUGUCUUGCAUAAGAUUCCAAGAGUGUAAAUUUAUAAAAAAAGAGAGGUUGUCAAAUUUAUGUCACAGGCAUUUUACUUAAGGAAUGGUUUAUAUGACAGAGCUUUGCAAAGUUAUCGGUUUUAUAACACUAUUUCAAUCACAGAUCAUUUUGUGGCUUAUGAUUGCUAGUCUCUAACCUUUCAUUUUUUCCUUUUCUAUUUUUUUUUUUUAGUUUUAAAUUUUGUCCCCUUCCCCCCCCAAGUUAGGUAUAAAUUGAUUUAAUUGACAUAACGCAGCUUCGAUGUUUUAACCAUUGUUCUUUAGGCAUUGAUUUCUGCUAUUUCCAUGGAAUAAACACGACUUGAAGCAAGUCUGAGUUUGGCUAAGGUAGGGCAGCAAUUUGCCAGUGGUAAAGAGAAGUCAACAACGCAUUCCCUGUAUUCGCCCCAGGACCGUGAUGCUGUCAUACGCAGCGUUUAAAACCCACGAAAAGUCAGAUCCGUAAAGACAGUCACCCGUGGUGGUUCGGUGCCAGCUGUUUUUUAGGGUUUUGGAAGAUAUUACAAAAGUCGAGAGCAAUUACCCUGUGAGUUACAGUAUGUAGGAAACCUAAUGUAUUGAGUGUCUGGCACUUGAAAUGUUGCUUUUAUUGCUGGAGGUCCAUGACUGUGGCUGACCUCUGUCAUUUAAUGGAGAAAAAAAAAAAAAAAAACCACAAAAAUAAAAAAAAAAUUCUGUGCAAUAAUUUUAAACUGUGCUCCCAGGAAUAGACACAAAUGUUUUGAGUAUCUUUAAGCUGCAUUUUUUCGUUUAGCAAUGCAUAUGUCAAUUGCACUGAAUUUAAAUCUGAAAGUCAGAAGUGAUUCUUGAUAGUACUUUUGUAUUUUAAUAUGGACAGUUUAUUCAUUUUCAUAAAAGUUAUUGGAUGAUUCUUUCAGCCGAUCUAAACAAUUGUGGUGGAAUUCUGUGACAUAGCCGCAAAAUCACACACAGCCAUGUUUUAGGGUAUUGCCAUUUUCCUCUUUCUCAGUCAUCAGCUGUUUUGGUUGUAGUUCUAGUCGCUUAAGCAUAGUAUCACGUAGUCAGAAAUAGGUAAAACAGAGCUUCGGUGCCGCCAGGUGCAGGGUUCUCGGGUGCUUAAGCCCGGCCUAGCGGGAACGUCAGGCGCGCAGGCUCGGGGCCCCCGGCCUGGCGUGGGCCGGCGGCGCCCGGCCGCGGUGGAAAGGCGCCGCUCCCCACUCGCAAAGGAUCUGGCCAAUAGAUAUUUUAUUGUUGUCCUUUACUAGCAUGCCACAGUGCUGCUCCUGCUCACCCCUCUUCUCGCCUCCUGUCUUAUACCCUGACAACUGCAUGCAUGCAAGGUGUGCUGGGAUCUGUGAUUCUGUGAAGCGAAAACGAAGGAAAAAAGAGAACCGUGACGUCAAUGAUGAUCUUUUAUAGCACAAAGACCUCGUUUUCGAUAGUGAGGUAGGCUGUCCGAGCUGUUCCUUUGACCUGAGUAUGCCAAACGUCAGCGGGACCCGAAGCCCGCACGAACGCGUGCCCGCGCCUAGUCGUGCACGCCGAGCCGUCCUGCCGCGCCUGUUCUCCGAGCGUGAAGGCAAACGUGUGCCUGUGCCUACGUUGCAGCUCCUGGUUUUUUCCGGUCCAGCGCGUUAACGGGCAAAUACCCCAACGGAGGAUAAAAGGGAGGGGGAAGAGCUGGGCUCAGAAUUCACGAUGGGGUAAGAAGUGAACCGCUCUCGAGUUCGCCGUCUUCCUGUGCAUCCCUCUCAGCAUCCCGUUUCUCAUCUCUGCGGAGUUAGGUCCAGGUUUCUGCAGAGUUCCUCUUUCUCUAUUUUUACUUUAGCUUUUCCUGCGUUUUUAAAUCGAUGUAAAGGUUCCCAACCAGUGGACUUUUUAGUGUAGUUAAGAGAAUAUCUAGGUCCUCAUCAAAGCUUUUUUUAGACUCUUUGUAAUGUUGAUAAACUCAGUUUAUUCUGGGGCUACAAUUGUGCAGGGUCGUUCGGCGUGUCUGCUUGGUGAUUGGAAAUCUUCUAUGAAACACUAAAAGUGCCUCUUUUUCUGGGUUGGGUGGAGGGAGGUAAUAGUUACCAGAGUCAGAAUGACAUGGCAUUUCGAAGCAUGUUUCUUGAUUUCAUGACACUUUAAUGCAUCUUGAGAGAAAGGCCAAAGAUUUCUACCGAUUUUAAUUAAUUUUUCAUUUUAAAAAGCACUCCUUUUUCCUUACACUGCUUACCUCAUGCUAGGGUGUUUAAUGGCACGUCCUACCUUGGAAAUGCUCUUUGUGUUUAGGGAGAGUAGUGGGAGGCCUGGGGCGGCUGCGCGGGUUUGCCUACGGAGCAGCCUUCGCAGCCGGUGCGGUUAGUUCUGCCGAAUGAAGGAAAUCCAUUAAAAUCGCAAACUGGGUUUUUCAGCUUGUAAAUAAAAGGUUGUAUGUUUUUGGGGGGUGGUUUUGGUUUUUGGUUUUUUUUUGUCCGCUUAGCGAAGAGGAGCCUUGGGACCCGGUUUUUUUCCCCGUUUUUUGUUGUUUUUUUUUUUCCCUUCCCCCAGUCUUUACUUAACCAGAAAUCCCAUUGUCUUUCACUUCGUGAGAAAACCUUGCCAGAAUCAGCAUCGGAGGCGCUGGGCGUGCGUAACACCGUAGAGCGACGCCGCGUCCCAGGCGGGCCGGGACCUGCCUCGGCGGGGCGUUCAGCCCGGCGCGCCCCUCUCCCCGGCCUCCCCCCGCCCCGCCAAGUCCCCCCGGGCCGUUCCCCGGUGGGGUGCUCUCCGCAGGUCUGAAGAAAGCAGAAGCAACAUUGUGGCAUGUUAGAAGCAAAUACGGCGUCGGGAGACAGCGGUAAAUCUCCGUCGAGAUCCCUGACGUUUUCCGUGGGGAGGGGGCCCACGGAGCAGCCGUCACUCCUCCCUCUAGAGAAAGCUCUGAAAUACCACGUUCUGGGAGAGCGUGGCCGCCUGCCCUGUCGGUCCGGCGGGCGGCGGGCGAACCAGGAAAACCCGCCGGUCCUCGCGGGUUGCAGGUUUAGUGUUAAUAGCGCUUCAGAUCAGUAGUUUCGAGCACAUAAUUCGCUUUCUCUGCCUUUAAGUUUGAAGCUUGACAAUAACUUGAGGCGCGUUUGUUUCGUUUUCUUUUUGGUUUGUUUUUUUUUUUUUUU